AUUUUUAUUUUUUAUUUCUUUUGAGACAGUCUCACUUUAUUGCCCUCGGUACAGUGCUGUGGCGUCAUCGCUCACAUCCAUCUCAAACUCCUGGGCUUAAGCGAUUCUCUUGCCUCAGCCUCCUGAGUAGCUGGGACUACAGGUGCCUGUCACAACGCCUGCCUAUUUUUAGAGAUGGGGUGUCGUCUUGCUCAGGCUGGUCUUGAACCCAUGAGUUCAGGCAAUCCACCCGCCUUGGCCUCCCAGAGUGCUAGGAUUACAGGUGUGAGCCACUGCGCCUGGCCUAACACAAGGGAUUUUACGGAGUGGGAGAUCCCUUCUUUUCUGUGUCCUGCCUGUGGCUGUGUGGAUCUACGUGUGGGUUACAACUCUUGGAAGUGUAAAUCAAAGGAGCACAGUCACUUUUACUGUGUGAUAGUCUAAGAAAACGGGAGAAAUGAGAAGUCUUGGGGGGGCAGGACAGGAAAGAAAAAAGAUGACACAGGGGAGCCUGGCGGGGUGACAGCCGCAGGGCUUAUCCUCUGGGCUUGCGUGUGAGUGAGACAAGGUCUUUCUGGUAGGACAGCAACAUACUCGAAUGCAUGUGGGGUGGGGCGGGGUCAGGACAGCAUGCGUGCCCAGCCUCAGUCUGCCAAGUUCACUAACGGGUGGGGGGGUCCCAAGAAACCCAGACAGCUAAAGUUCCCGGGGAACCCAUUCCCAAAGGUGUCACCAAAGCACCCACAGCAGGUUGUGGAAAUGUCCCCUGAGAAGAGAGUAUGCUGGGCUGCGGUGCCAGCGGAGUCAGGCAGAGCCCCAGUGAGUGCAGGGGGGAGGGAGGGAGGGAGGGAGAAGGACUUCAGGAAGAGCAGAGGCCUCCGCUGAUGCAAGGCUGUCCCAGAAGGAAGAGGGGCUGACUGACAAAGGAACGUUGUUUUCCCCAGCAGCACGGCCACAGUGAGCCCGCCAUCCCUUCUCUUCCACACACUGUCAUCACAGCAGGCCUAGGAGGGGGCUGUCCUCAUGGAGGUUGGCGCUGUCUUAACUGGAGAGACCCAGAAAGGUGUGGAACACGCCUCCUCCGGGAAGCUGGGCGGAAGCGCUAAGGACACGUGUUCUCCCGCCCUGCCUCAGGUUGUGUGUGUGCCCCUGUGGAUUCUCAUGUCCUUCCUGUGCCUGGUGGUCCUCUACUACAUCGUGUGGUCCGUCCUGUUCUUACGCUCCAUGGACGUCAUUGCAGAGCAGCGCAGGACACACAUAACAAUGGCCCUGAGCUGGAUGACCAUUGUCGUGCCUCUUCUCACUUUUGAGAUCCUGCUGGUUCACAAACUGGAUGGCCACAACGCAUUCUCCUGCAUUCCCAUCUUUGUGCCGCUAUGGCUCUCCCUGAUCACGCUGAUGGCAACCACAUUCGGACAGAAGGGAGGAAACCACUGGUGGUUUGGUAUUCGCAAAGAUUUCUGUCAGUUUCUGCUUGAAGUCUUCCCAUUUUUGCGAGAAUACGGAAAUAUUUCCUACGAUCUCCAUCAUGAAGAUAAUGAAGAAACCGAAGAAACUCCACUUCCAGAACCUCCUAAAAUCGCUCCUAUAUUUCGAAAAAAGACCCGGGUGGUCAUUACCCAGAGCCCUGGAAAGUAUGUGCUGCCUCCUCCCAAACUAAACAUUGAAAUGCCCGAUUAAAGGUCCCUCGGGGGACAGCACAUAAGUGGACUGGGCCACACACUCUCUCCACCCCGUCUGCCUCCUCUUCACCCUGCAGCCCAGCCCCGGAACGGCAGCUGGGUCUCCAGAUACGUCCAUCUCAUGCCUUGUUUGCACCCGACACCUAUCAGCCGCUCAGCAGGACGGGACGCAGAGGUGGCAGGUGACUGGCGUGUGCAUGAGUGGAGGUGCCAGGGAGAAUGGGAGAGAGGGAGCAGCAAUUUACGACCGUCCGGGAGGGAGUCUGAGGCGCUUGUUCAUGCCCCUCGCACCCAGGGGGCUGGCUGGCUCCCAAGGUCCACAGAAGCGACAUCUCCCUAUGCAGCUGGUUUUCAGAGUGUUAACGCUCUGAUCAGAGGUGUUGUUCCAAAAUGGAUUUGCCCACUGGACCGACCCCUCGUGCAGCUCCACGUUGUCCUGCCGUGGCGUAGUCGCUAGGAACUGUAGCCAUGUCUCUGACGUACCACAUGUUUAGACACGGCGCAGUGCUCCGUUUUCCCAUUCCUACCGUGGAAGUAGUUUCCCUCUGGGCAUGCUGACAGCAGUUUUUAACGGCCUCACGGUCAGCCCUUUCUGAUGGAGUCACUCCAUGCCUGUAUAGUAUUUAUACACUUGCUGUGGCAUUGUAAUAUAUGGUGUUAACUCCUAGUUCCGUACAGUGCAUUCUGUUAAAGUAUUUUUUUACAAGCUUGUGCUGGAGAUGGACGUAUUCUUCUGCACAAGUAGAAGUGGUGGCACGCUGCCCUACACCCUGGGGUGGUCCACCUUCGCCGGACGUUGCCAUUUACGCCCUGGAAGUCUCCCAGGUACGUCGUAGCUGCUACAGGAGGACAGCCACAGCAAGCAAGAAGCGCUUUGUGCUUUUCUGACUUUCUGGGGACGCUGGUUCCCCAACACCUGUAAGUGUGACUGGCAACAGAACACUGGAGAGUGUUGGCGAGAGCAGAAAUGGCCGUGGAGUCGUGCCUGUGGUAGGUCUCGAGGUCUCUGUGUUCUGGCAGCAAGACUUCAGAUGAGGCGAGAUGCUCUCUCACGUGAGUGCGGUGUCUCCAGGCACCACGGGAGCAGCCGUGAGUCACACGCUACCAGUGUAAUAUCCUCCUACCUGAAAACAAGUAGGUCAUUCAUUUAAAAGAGAAUAAAAGGGGGCGUUGACAUGCUCAGCCCCGAGAGAGGAGCGUGCACUUGAAAAUGGGCAGCUGCUCACUGGCCUAAGUCGGGCUCAGUUCCAGCCCAGCGCAUGCUGCCUCCACCGUGGCCCUGGCCUCCAGCGAGCUUGUUCAGUUUGGGGUCGGGGGUGAUGGAGUGGUGUGGCCUUUCCUGCUCAGUGUGUAAAACUAUAGCGAAAUCCACUAUUUUUGCUCUCUUAAACUGUUCAAUAAACCAGCUCCUCAUUUUACAUGGGCACCGUGUGCUCCUGCUUUGAUCCGUGGUCCUGGAAACCAGAAUGGUUCUCAGCCAGAGCAAAGGGAAUCUCCAGCUUUGCAGGCAGCUGAGGCUGGCAGGUGUGGGGGAGAAUCUUUUAUGACGACUCUGUCUCAAGGGACAGCCCGGAGGUACACAGGGGAAGGAGGCAAUGCCGAGACUCCAGGGUUGGCUGGCUCAACCAUGCCAUAGUUGUAUCAGCUUAGCAGGCUUUCCAGAGUGUUCUCGGAUUCCAAGAUGAUCUACAACUGACACCACCUUUUUAGUGCUCCUGGGGCUUUAUCUGGUCAAUGUGUGAAGAUUUCUGACCUUUCAACAAAAUCUCUGCAGUUUCUCUCCAGCUCACCCAACUAUCUCUACACUUUGGGGGGAACUUAACCCAGGUAGCCUUUCAGCUCAUGGAUUGCAGCUAAGAAACUGACCAGUUGCUAUUGGUUGAAGGACGCCCUGCAGGUAGCCCAAGGCCACAGAUGGCUCCUCCCUGAAGCUCAUUACCUUUCAGACUUGCAUGUACAGAAAAUCUCUUUUGAAGUAGUAAUAGUAGCUGUGACUCACCUGUCAGGUGCCUUUGCGGCCUCCUGUCGUCCCACUGAACCCUCCUGCUCUUCUCCCUGGCAGGAAAUGGAGGCCGAGAGAGGUUAAGGGACGUGCCCAGAGUCACGCAGCUGAGAAAUAGCUGGGUGGAGACACCAUCCUCAUCAUCCUGCUUGCAGACUGCUGGCUCUCGCCCGCUGUAGCAGAGCCUCAGGCCCCAGUGUCCCAGUGACUCAAGGGUGGAGGCAGUAGUGGUUCCUGGCAAACUCAGAACAUCACUGAGCUCUGUGCCCAGAAUCCAGUGGGCACCCUUCCCUCCGCCUCACCAAAUUUUUCACCCAAGAAAGACCAGUAUGUGUCACGAGCAAGGAAACAGGCGAGAAACCUGGAAAGGGGCUGAGGAGGUGGUCUCUUGGGUGGGUUGGGUGGACGUCCCAGGACUGUCUCAUGGUAAUUGGGUGAUCUUGGGUGGGGCACAGAGCCAUUCCUGUGCCUGUGUCCCCCUCUGGGCGGGGGGGGGGGCAUUAAUGGUAACAUUAACUAAGUACGAGUUCACAUGGGGAAAAGGCUGAGAACGGUGCCAGCCAUCUCAAGUGCAUAAAAUAUCAGGCCUGUUAAGUCACUGUAUCUGCAUAUCCUCCUCAGGAAAGAAAGAAUGUCACCUGGUAGUUGAUGUGUCCCCAUGACUCCGUAACAAAGGGAGGUGUGGGCAUCUGUUAAAUAUCAGAGUCCCCCAGCUGGUGUUUGGGUGAGGGCUAAACCGUGAGAGUGCAGGGCAGCCUGCUGAGGUGGCACCGACGUGCUGGCUUACCUUGGUCCUGGGUCCCUGGAGUGGGACAGCCAGUGCCCUGCGAUUCCCAGACAGGGGUUACUUCUGUUGCCAGCUGACACUUCACCCGGAACACCCAGAAUCCUCUUCCCUCCGUGGCUGCAAAUUCAAAGUCCCUUUCAAUGGCCGUGUACACUUCCUGAUCGUCCGUCUUUAGGCAUUUUCCAAGGGUGAAAUGCUUGUCACAAACUGGUGAACCUUGAAGAUGUAAACCCACGACUUCCUCCUGGGACCGUGACCUUUUCCUCCCAGAGUCCCUGGAGUUCUGCUGCCCUGGGGCCUACAUGGUUGGUACUUGCAGUCAACUCCGAAGUAGGGUUUCCUCUUCUUUCUAAACUCCGAAUCACAUUUACUGUUUUACUGUGAUCUCUACUUUAAAAGUGACUCCCUCACCUCCCUGGAAGGAUGAAGACAAGAGUGGGCACUAAGUCUGCAUGAAGAAAUACGAAGAAUAAGCCAGAAGCCACGGAGACCCCUCCAGCCCCUGCAGCCCCAAGCAACUCUGACAUCUCUGAAUGAGGACAACCAGGAGGUGGGGAGGAACCAAGAUCUUGACCACCCCAUGCCCGAAUCAGGAGUGAGUGUGCUCUGCCAGCAACUCCUGUGGAGAAUGAUGGCGCUCAGGUAGCCCAGUUGGCAACCAACAGCCAGAGGACAUCCAGGCUCAGGUCACCCUGGUGGCAGGUGUCACUGUGCCUGCAGAGUUCCCCAUGCCUGUUUCUCGCACCUCCCACCCAGAUGAAUCCUUCCAGGCAGUACUGGGCCGCCCAGCCGAGAGAGAGUCUCGCAGGAUUGUCAGUGUGACACCACUCAGACCCUGUUGCCAGCCCUGCUGCCCUUCUACCACGCCCAGGUGCCUGUGCCCUGUCGUGGCUACUGGGCCUACUGCCUCUGUGGCCAUGGUCCUUCACCUGUGACUUUGGUCCACUGUUGCCCCAGCUGCCACUGUGUCUCAGAAUGCAUGCCAGCUGGUAAGGGGCCCCACCUGUGCCCAGACUACGUUGACCACCCCAGAUAAAUGUAAAGGGAAGCAUGGGGUAGGAACCUGUGCCAAUUAAUAGAAUGAGCAGAAAAUGAGUUUUCUGUCUGCACCAAAGUGUUCUCGGCCUCUGUCAGUUUUCUUCCGUUGCAGGCAGGUACCCCUCUCAUGUCCUUGGCUGACAUAGCAACAACUGCAGUGUAACAGCCCUCUCCGGCCUAGCGCAGGUACCAGGACCUAAGGGUUCUAUUCAGUCCUCAGACAUCUAACACCACUCAUUAAAACUGACCUUGAGGCCCGGUGCCCAUAGCACAGUGGUUACUGCGCCUGCCACAUACACUGAGGCUGGGAGGUUCAAACCCAGCCUGAGCCAGCCAAACAACAAUGACAGCUGCAACCAAAAAAUAGCUGGGUGUUGUGGCAGGCACCUGUAGUCCCACCUCCUUCGGAGGCUGAAGCAAUAGAAUUACUUAACCGCAGCAAUUUGAGGUUGCUGUGAGUUAUGAUGUCACAGCACUCUACCAAGGGUGACAUAGUGAGACUCUGUCUCAAAAAAAAAAAAAAAAAGAACUGACCUUGAAAUGCUCUGCAAGGACAAAGACCCAAGCAUUGGUGGCUGAGGGUUCCCAGUGACACCAUGUUCCAUCCUAUCCAGCACAAUUCCCUGUCAUUGCAGUGCCUUUAUAGAGCAGAUUAGAUAAGUCUCACUUGGAAUUGGACUACUAAGGCCCCGGGGGUCAGAUGUGCAGGGGGCAUGCACAGCUAGCGAGUCGGAUGGAUUUGGGGUUUUCAUUUUAUUUAUUUAUUUUUAUUUUUUGUAGUUAAUUUUUGUUACAUCAUCACUGUAUACAUUUAAAGGGUACAAUGUGAUGAUUUGAUGUACAACGUGGAAUGCUUAAAUCAAACUAAUUAACAUAACUAUCACCUCACUUACUGUUGUAUAUAACACUAAAGUAUAUACUUUUAAAGAGUAUAUGUAUUUUUAUAUAUACUCUCUCUAUAUACUCUUUAUAUAUUUAUAUAUAUACUCUUUAUAUAUUUAAAGAGUUUAAUAUACUCUUGUUUUGAAAUGUACCUUGCAUUGCGUACGUGAGAUCCGGCCAAAUACCUUCCCUCCACUAGCCCUCCCCCCCCUUCUCUCCCUCUUGUCCCCUCUUUCUCUCUGGACUACCUUUGUAUUUUAUCAUUCCGGUGAAUGUGUAAGUGUUUAUAUAUUGGUUUCAUAAUAGUAUUGAGUCCAUUGGAUACUUUUUUUCCAUUCGUGAUCUGUAAGGGAAAAGACAUUUGCCUCGGAGUUUUCACUUUAGAGCAGUGGUUCUCAACCUUCCUAAUGCUGGGGCCCUUUCAUACGGUUCCUGUGGGUCGCAUCCCACAGGUUGAGAACCGCUGCAGUGGGUGCCAGACACUGUCUGCUGACAGGAUUUAUGUUUGACCUUUAUGUCAGGUAGUGGGUCUGGUGACUUUCUGUCUUCUUUCCUUCAUUUUCAUCCCUCUUUUCCGUCAUUCUUUUUCUUUUCUUUGAGCCCGAAC